UUCGGCACUGAAUCCAGAACAAUCCUGGGGAAACCGUAAUAGUUGGUUACCACAGCCCAAAAGGGCUCUGGGCCUCUGUGUCUCCUUGGGCUGGAGGGCCCGCUUUCCCUGCAACAACCAGACCUAUUCUUCCAACCCAGAGGCCUCCCCUGCUCCCCGGGGCCCAUAAAAGAAGACAAUGCUGGAGAAAGUCAAGGCCGUGGCGGGACGCCCACGCCGCCUCUUCAGAGGAGGCUGAGGGCUGGGCCCUGAUCACAGGCCGCUUUGAAGGGCUGGCGGAGACUCGGUUUUCCCAGCAACACGGGGCGGCGGAGACGUGUCCGCAUAGCCGCCAGUCCAACGGGGCUCCUUUUUUACGAGGCCGGGAAGUGUCCACGGGAAGCUAAAUAACAGGUUAACGAGGAGGUAUCAUAGAAAGUGGUAUUAACUUUACGAGGAGAAAGCGCUUUGUCUGGCGAAGGCCGACGCCCACUGGGGCAGGGAUAUAAACCCGUGUGAGGAGCCGCGCCUCUGCAUCGGGUGGGGGGUAGCCGGCCUUGAAGGUCUGUCCCUUGUGUCCUGGCUGCUCAGGUCAUGGCUUCCAAAUGCCUCAAGGCCAGCUUUUCUUCAGGGUCUCUCAAGGGCCCGGGAGGGGGCUAUGGGGGCUCCGCACGUGUGUCCACUGUGUACUCCGGCAGCUCUUGCAGGCUCCCGGGCCUCCCCCGGGGGGCCCGGAGCUUUUCCACGUGCUCCGCGGGGCUGGGCAGGAGCAGCCGCAGGGCCGCCAGCUGCCUCCCCGCUCUCUGGCUCCCAUCCGGAGGCUUUGCCGCCAGCUACAGUGUCAGUGGGGGCUGGUUUGGGGAGGGCCUCCUCACCGGCAGUGAGAAGGAGACCAUGCAGUUCCUAAACGACCGCCUGGCCAGCUACCUGGAGAAGGUGCGGCAGCUGGAGCAGGAGAACGCCAGCCUGGAGAGCCGUAUCCGCGAGUGGUGUGAGCAGCAGGAGCCCUACCUGUGCCCUGACUACCAGUCCUACUUCCGGACCAUCGAGGAGCUGCAGAAGAAGACUCUGUGCACCAAGGCGGAGAACGCCCGGCUGGUGGUCGAGAUCGACAACGCCAAGCUGGCCGCGGACGAUUUCAGGACCAAGUAUGAGAUGGAGGUAUCCAUGCGGCAGCUGGUGGAGUCGGACAUGAACAGCCUGCGCAGGAUCCUGGAUGAUCUGACCCUGUGCAAGUCCGACCUGGAGGCCCAGGUGGAGUCCCUGAAGGAGGAGCUGCUCUGCCUCAAGAAGAACCACGAGGAGGAAGUGAACACGCUGCGCUGCCAGCUUGGGGACCGGCUCAACGUCGAGGUGGACGCUGCCCCGCCCGUUGACCUCAAUCGCGUCCUGGAGGAGAUGAGGUGCCAGUAUGAGACCUUGGUGGAGAAUAACCGCCGGGAUGCCGAAGAUUGGUUCAACACCCAGACGGAGGAGCUGAACCAGCAGGUGGUGUCCAGCUCGGAGCAGCUGCAGACCUGCCAGGCGCAGAUCAUCGAGCUGAGACGCACGGUCAACGCCCUGGAGAUCGAGCUGCAGGCCCAGCACAGCAUGAGAGAUGCUUUGGAAUCCACCCUGGCAGAGACCGAGGCCCGUUACAGCGCCCAGCUGACCCAGAUGCAGUGCAUGAUCACCAACGUGGAGAACCAGCUGGCGGAGAUCAGGAGUGACCUGGAGCGGCAGAACCAGGAGUACCAGGUGCUGCUGGACGUGCGGGCCCGGCUGGAGGGCGAGAUCGCCACGUACCGGGGCCUGCUGGAGAGCGAGGACUGCAAGCUCCCCUGUAACCCAUGUGCUCCUGAGCCCUCGCCCUCCAAGGCGUGCCUCCCCUGUCUCCCUGCAGCCUCCUGUGGCCCCGGCGCAGCCCGUGCCACCUGCAGCCCCCGCCCCCUCUGUGCGCCCUGCCCAGGAGGCCGGUUCUGAGAGGGACUGGCCCAGAAAGUCAAGGCCAUUGUCUCUAGGGCUUGGACUUGGCCACUCCUGAACCCUAACCCUAAAGCCCGACCCCUUCUCUUUGUGCAGAGCCCAGGGCCUGGCCCCGAGGGGCCUCACGGCAAACACAGGCCACACAGUUUCUCAGACCCUGUCACUUAGGCCGGCCGCACCUGACGGCUGCCGCUCCUCAUCAUUUCAAAGGGGGCCGGGGCCUCUGUUCUCAGGCUGCCUCUUGGGCCAAGGGUUCCUUCUGGGUGCUGUCUCAGGGGGUUCUGAAACACAGUGGAGGGCUUCGGAACAAUAAAGCGCAUUUGCUCUGGCUCGCAAUGCCUAAGCAGCACCGUUCA